CUUUUAAACUCUACUGUAGUGGGUCGAGUUUAAAAACUCUCUCAGCUCGAUCUGUGUCGACAUCAUUUAGCGCACGUAUUUCACGUUACACUUACCCGUUUGACUACGAUGAUGUCUGCUCUUCAGGAGUCACCAAAGUGUUAAAUGUUUGAAAUAGAAGGCCGCCGAAAUCCACAUGUAAAGAGAAGAGAAAGAGAUCCAAUGCAUUUUUGCAAUAGACUGUGCCAAGGAGAGCUCAUAAUCUGGAGUUAGGAGAGCACUGAAAAGUCCUGUGCAGUAUCUGUUUUUCUGCAAAGAGUAAAGCAUUUAAAGAUCAUCAAGCUGGCUCACUCUCUUCCGACCCAGCCCGCUUUGACAGCUGCACUUCACCCGCACUGGAGGACGGUCAGCAGCAAGAGGAUGGCAUCAGAGCUGGCACUGAGCAGCUCCGACCUGCCCACCAGUCCCCUGGCCAUGGAAUAUGUUAAUGACUUCGAUCUGAUGAAGUUUGAGGUGAAGAAAGAGCCACUGGAGCCCGAUCGCAGCAUCAGCCAGUGCAGCCGCCUAAUCGCCGGGGGCUCCCUGUCUUCCACCCCGAUGAGUACGCCCUGCAGCUCAGUUCCCCCUUCCCCGAGCUUCUCGGCGCCCAGCCCUGGCUCCGGGAGCGAGCAGAAAGCGCACCUGGAGGAUUUCUACUGGAUGACCGGUUAUCAGCAGCAGCUCAACCCGGAGGCGUUGGGCUUCAGUCCCGAGGAUGCGGUUGAAGCGCUGAUUAACAGCACACAUCAGCUCCAGAGCUUCGACGGCUAUGCUAGAGGGCAGCAGUUUAGUAGCGCAGCCGGACCGGGAGGCGCCAUGGCCGGGGAGGAGAUGGGAUCCGCCGCCGCGGUUGUGUCUGCAGUCAUUGCCGCUGCUGCAGCGCAGAACGGGGCACCCCACCACCAGCAUCAUCAUCAUCACCACAGCCACCACCAGCAGCACCAAACUCCCGGGGUCCCGUCCGGCAACAACUCCUCGGCCAUCCACCACCAGCACAGCCACCUGGACGACCGCUUCUCGGACGAGCAACUCGUAAGCAUGUCCGUGCGGGAGCUCAACCGGCAGCUGCGCGGCGUCGGCAAAGAGGAGGUGAUCCGACUCAAACAGAAGAGGAGAACCCUCAAAAACAGAGGCUAUGCUCAGUCGUGUCGCUACAAGAGGGUUCAACAGAGGCACGUACUGGAGGGUGAGAAGACCCAUCUCAUACAGCAGGUGGACCACCUCAAACAAGAGAUCUCCAGACUGGUGCGCGAGAGAGACGCGUACAAAGAGAAGUACGAGAAGCUGGUGAGCAACGGCUUCCGAGAAAACUCGUCGAGCAGCGACAACAACCCCUCAUCCCCGGAGUUUUUCAUGUGAGUUCCCUAAAAAAAGAAAUCAAUAAAGAUUCUAAAAGGUUUUUUUUUUUUUUUUUUUUUUUGGUGGUGGUGGUGGGGUGGGAGUGUUAAGAUCAAGGCUGACAACUUUUUAUCGCUUUUAUAAAGAACUGAAGUCAGUUCUUGAGUUUUGGGGGCUUGAUAUGCAACCAACUUUUUUUUUCUUUAUAUUAAUCUUUAAAUUAGUUCACAUUUUGAUGUGUAUGCAUACACUUAUGAUAUUGACCUUCAUUCACCUUAUGCAUUUUUUUGCCAAAUAAGAAAGUUUGCUAUUUUUAUUUUAUAUACAUAUAUAUUUGUUUAGUUUUUUUUUUUUUUUUGUUGCUUUUUGCCAAAGUCAGAGGAUUUUCCCACAUUGUCAUCUGAUGUCUUCUGCUUGCUGUUUUGUGACUUUACAUGAGAGACAUUGAAGAGACAUGUCAUUGAAGUGCCUGCAUGCUGGACAUGUAAGGUUUUUUGUUUUUACUUUAUUCCCCCUCCAUUUUUUAUGCGCUUGAAAAUGAACUUCUACUUGGAAAAAAAAAAAAAAAAAACUUCUGCUCAGCAUGGCAUUCAUACAUUUUUUUUUCAUUUCCCGGUCACUUUUUUUUUUUUGGAAUAUGGACUAAAAAAGUACAAGGAGCAUCAUGUCAUCAUCCUCCCCAUUAAAAAAAAAGUUGAUCCAUACAGUUUCCAUACAUUUAAUUCUCUGUUGAGAGUCAACUGGAAGCAGUGUUUCGAGGGAAAGAACAAGGACCUGGUUUCAAAAAGGAAUUCUCCCUCUGGGACUUAAACAGUGUUGUUGCUAAGAGCGGUUUGUGUAUUUAAUGUCAAACGUUUGCAUUUUAAUAACUCUGGAAUGAACUACUUUUUUUUUUUGCAUCAUAUAAAACAGUUAAAGGUAGCCAAUGCCACAGGUUGACACGAAGAAGGAAGAGUGACUUUAGAUGUUGCCUGUUCAUAUUGUUUGAAUUGAAGGCUCCAAGUUUGCAUACAGCUGGAUUUUUAUCAUGCGUAACUUGAGCUUUUUGCAGCAUGUACUGGCAGUAAAAACAGCAGUUUGACAGUGUAGUUCAUGAUGUAGCCUACUAUUUACUGUAUUUUAAAACCAAAGUAUUAAAGUAGAAUUUCAAGUCAACAUGGAAAACCAUGCAUUCAGAAAAUAAAAGGUCUGAUCUAAUUGGAAUGAGUUGCACUAAAUGUAGCUUGUAGCAAAUUAUAUAUCACGUAUUGGAAUCUAUCCAGAACGCUAAUUUAAAAGGCACCCGUCAUGGCUUUGCUGAAAAGUAAAGGAUUUAAUCUUAUUUAGUUAUAUAUUUGUCAAGCAGGACUCGAUUCUAUCUUUUUCUUUCUUUCGUUCUUUUCUUUCUUUCUUUUGAUGUUAAUAAAGUUAUUAUUUACAUGGCAAUAAUGUAGUAAUCAAUAUUAAAAUGUCUGGACAUUGUUUUAUGGUCAGGGAUUGAUACCCUGCUUGUAUAAAAUCAGGAUAUACCGUUCAUCAAUAAAUUCUUAAAACUAUGUUAAUUAUUAUUUUAUUUCUUUUUUUUCAUAUAUAUAUCUAUAUAUAUUUUGCUGUGCAAAAUUAUUUUACCCACUAACCGUAUGUGAUGUUCAUAUAUGCUUUUUUUUUCAUUUCAUACAAUAUGAUAUGCAAUAAAAAUGCAAUUUGGGCCA